UUUCUCCUUUUUUUCCUCUUUCGGUAGGCGGAGGUGGAGAUGGUGGUGUCGUGUUAGGGGUGAGGUGAGAGGAGGAACUGAGGAAGAGGUGUCGCGGCGAAUUGGAUUGCAAUGGUAUGGUGCCGUACGUUGUUCAAUCGGAAGAAUGGGAGGACGGAGCGAGUGACUGCAAUGGGAAGCAGUUGAGGCGGGCGAUAGGUAGAGGUGUAGGGAAGGGAGAGAGUUGCAGCGAGGAGGAGGAGGAGGAGGCGUGGCAGCAGUUGUGGGUGGGAACGUAGGAAUUGGAAGGUGGCGGACUGUUCGAUUUUCCUGCUCUUUGGUUGAAUGGGGUUGCGGUUCGGGGAAGAGCGUCUGAGGAAAGAGUCAGGGGGAGAUUGGGAGGAGAGUUGACUCGGACUGCAAAAUUGAGGCGGUUGAUUGAAGUCCUCGAGGUCUUGUGUUGUAGAGUCGUUCCAGGGUGUAUUAACUUGAAGGUGGAUAGGGAGGUGCGGAAGUUACAUGGAGAGGCAUGGCAUGUAGUAUGAAGAAAUGAUGAGGGGAUUCGUUAAGGUGACCUUGGUGCUCCACGAGCGUAUGCUCGUUCGCUACUUGCUUUGUUUGACGCAAAUUUGCGAUUGAUGAGAGUCGGGGCUAAUCAGUGAAAAUUAUAUGAAGGAGAACGUUGCGGAGAAGAGCUUGGUGAAGGUCGGUCAAGGUUUCAUAUCAGCGUAGGGGAUCAAAUCGUGGAACGGAACCCAGGAUGAGAGCGAUUGCUGAUCUUUUAAUUUGUUCGUGAGAUAGUUGUCUUUGUAUUUGGCUGUGUGAGGCUGGGAUUUGUAUUUUGUUUCUUUUUGAAAUUGAAGGAAGCAGAAGAAUUGCGGUUUAAAUUAGUCAGGCGGAAGUAGGAGAUUGUGCCUCUGAACAGAGUGGGAUAGUCCGGAAUUGUGCGCCUGCAGCGUGGUCUUAAUUUUACAACGCCUAGCUUGAGAACAGAUUGGUCGUUAAUUUGUUGAAGAACAGUAUCGGUAUCGUCUUUGAACUUAUCAAGAUUACUUUGGUACUGAUACGGCCUGGCCAGGGUACAAGUCUCUCUCAGAACGCUUGCAGGGCAGACCGAGGCGAGUGAGUUUCCAACGCGCUAUUAACGUAACCGUCUCUCCUGUGUAUGUGUGUAACGGUAUUAGUUGCUGGAGUAGGCAAUCACUGCAGAAGUAACGUAAUUGUGAUUAUUCUCGAAGAGUAGACAUGAAACAUGAUUGCAGACGCGUCUAUUCUUUCAGGCAUCAGAGCCCACUUUUAACGAUUACAGGGCUUCUGAGUUCGGUUUGAGUCGGAGUUUAGGAACUGCUUGCCUUCGUUCAAUUUGGCACAAACAGAAAACGAAAAUGGUUGAGUGAUGCUUUUGAGAUCAAGAAGGCUGAGAGGCACGAGAGAGAGAGAGAGAGAGAGAGAGAGAGCUUGAGCGAGCGAGCGAGCGAGCGAGUGAGUUUCGGCGGUUUGAUCUCUGGUCUAUCUCGAAGACGUUACGUUCAACAAGCAAUUCUCACUCAUGCGCCUUAAUAAGUUGCCUUUCUUUCGAACUUUUCAUUCAACUCCGCGCAUCAAAUAAUUCGCCGAGACAUCGCUGUUCAUACUGUUCCGCUGCUUUGGGGGCUACCUGAUUUUUUGAAAGAGUUUUAGUUACGAGUGUCUCUUUUCUUAUAACUCAGCUUCUUCUCUUGUCCCUGGUACUAUUUUAAAGCCUUGAAUCUGUAAUUCUCUUGGUAGGCUGCCUAAUUAACUGUUCCCUGGCGUUUCGAGGUUCACUCUUGUACAGCAUGGGUGAUGAAAGAAGAAUUUAGAGGAAGAUGUGGCAAGGAUUUCCUUAGAAGGAUCAGUUUCCCCCUUGUCUGUGUCACGUGGUCAAGGCUGGGUGUCUAUCGAGGCGUUUGCUUGUGUGCUAUAUUAGAACCUAUAAGGCCUUCUCAUCCCUAUGCAUGCUGCCGUUUGGCGAGUUAUCUUUUGAUAUUGACAAGUAAGGAUUUCUGAUUUGGGAGCUGGCAUGCGCUGUUUCAGCAGCCUCUAUUCCUUGUGGCACUCCACCCUUUAACCUAUGUGGGAGCGUCAACAACUAGCUUGUGACAUGGUAAUGUAGUCAUAUCAUCUUAUUGAGGCCACCAUACGGAGGUAAACUACACCUCACUGGUUUCAUGAGAUAACAACUUUGCGGAAACUCAAGCCGCUGGAUGGUUUCUUGAACUCCAUCCCCAUGGGGCCGUUUGGAAGAGUGGUGAUAGGUUCGAUUGUUUCUAAGGAUAUCGGGAAAAAGAAAGACGCUGGUGGCAAGGAAGGAAAUAAGAACAAGAAAGGAGCAGAGGAGAAUGAGGUGAGUAAGGGAACAGAUGAAGAUGCCCUUACGAAUGGUGUCAAGAAAGAUGCGGGUGAGAAAUGGAGUUCGGCGAGGCUGUUUAGCUGGAGCAAAGACGACUCCAGCAGAGGAAGCGGUGAAAAGGUCGAGAAGGGUAGGCGAACAUCUGCUCCAGGGAAGGUCCAGACUAACCCCGGUGAUUCAAAGGCGGAGUUGACCUCAUUUUUAAGCAACGAAUUUGGCUCCGCGUUGGGGUUAAAUCGUAUCAAGACGCGCUCUGGACCUUUGUAUACUACCAGCACACGAUCCGGUCCAGUCUUCGCAGGUACUCUUCAGAGCAGAUUUAAUAUUGGAAACGAGAAAAGUGAGGAAGUGCCUGGGAAGGAUUACUCAUCUUGUUCGCCAGGUGUUCGAAAAGCUGCGAAAGCUGCAAAAGUUCACGCAAGGGACUCUGUUUCACCCAAGGACUCAUUUACAGAAGGUGGUAGCAAUUGUAGAGGACGAAGAUGUUUGGAAGCAGAGUCGAGGGAAGUGCUUUCGAGCUGCAGCACGGAAGGGAGUUCUGGUCCCCUAUUUGUUCCGGUUUCGAAUUUGGGCUUGGGCAGUGGUAAACUUGCAGAUAGAUACUUGUCAGAAACAAAUCAUUCAUCCGAAGAUGCCAUAUCGCCUAGUGGGAGUACGAGGAACGAAGUUUCAACUGGUCAGGUCUCACAGCCAGGGUCAGCUAGUAGUCUGGUAGAUAUCGAUAGCAAUUUCGACACUGGUUCAAUCGGAAGGAAUUCCAUGCGAGGAAGCUUUGUAGGGUUUCAGCAUGCGCGAAGCGUCCCUGCAGUAGAUCCGUUUAUCGAUGAAUCAAGAUCUCGUGGGCUCUCUAAAGUCAACGGAGAGGCGGUCAGAUGUUGUGAUCUAAUGAUGCAAGAUAUCGAGACCGAUCUUCCGAAGGAGAUCGAGUCGCCCAGAUUUCAAGCACUGCUGCGCAUGACUGGCGGUCCACGGAAAGGAAAAACAACUGACAUCAAGAGCUUCUCACAUGAACUCGACCCUCGGGGUAUGAGAUCUUACGAGUUUCCGCGGCCUCACAACCUGCAUGAAUUGGAGGAAGAUGUUUGGUAUCUUGGAUCGCAGGAGGUUAUGGCAGCUCUUGGAGCACGUUUUCAUACAGCGAAGGAUGAAGUGAAUGCAGAAUUGGCAGUUUUUGCUGGGGACCUGGUGGAAGUACUUGAAAGUUGUUCUGAUAUGGAUCCGUAUCACGAAGAGAGGAUAGAAGACUUGCUAGUAUUGGCUCGCGAAUAUGCCCUCAUGGAUCCCCAAGUAUUUCGGAGGCAGUGUGAAGCAAUCGUCCAGGAGUUGGAUGACAAACGGCAAGAACUUCCUAUGGGCAUCCUGAAAAGGCUACAUACACGGAUGCUCUUCAUACUCACUCGUUGCACACGUCUCCUUCAGUUUGAAAAAGAGAACGGUUUAGAUGAGGACGAGCUUCACAGGCUUCAGCAGCAGGCUAAAGGUGGCUCUUCUAUGGGAAGCUGGAGUACCGUGAUUGGCUGGAAAGAGAAAGGAAAAGCUCUCCUAAACGUUGGUAAAAACCCCAGGCUCAAUGCAUCUUCGAAGCCUCAUAUUCAGGAUGGAGCCUCCAAAUCUCCAGGGAAAAGAGUUUACGAUGAAGCUACCACUUCAGGAACUUCUGCUUUUUCCGACGUUACAGAACAAGAAGUGGAAUUGGGGGAAGAGUCCACUAUGAAAAUACCAGGUGGUUCUGUAAGUCCAGUUCAUUCCCUCGUGGCUGAUCCGCUAGCAAGUUGGAAAAAUUUCACUAUUGCUCCACCAAACGAACUGGAACCGCAUGGAGCGGUAUCAAACAUUGAGACUGAAAUAGGUUCAGAUGUAUAUAAAAAAUCCGGAAGCCCGCAGUCAAAUGCCCAUGAAGGUAUCAGAACCAGCGCGUCGUUAAAAGAGGCGCACCGUAUGCCUUCCUCAAAGAGGCACCAGCGAGUUUCAUGGGGUCAUUGGACGUAUCAAACUGAAGUUUUAGAUGACAACCUAGAUUUUAUUUGCAGGAUAUGCGAAGAUGAGGUUGCAACGUCACGCUUGGAGGAACAUUCUAGAGUGUGUGCCUUGGCUGACAGAUGUGAUCAGCAAGGGCUUGAUGUUGAUGAUCGUUUACGAAGAAUAGCGGAAACUUUAGAGAGAAUGGCUGAAUCGUUCACACCCAAAAGCUUCAGCAUGGUUGCUGGUGGUAGUCCUGAGACUGCGAAAACAUAUAGCCCCAAUAACGGAGGCUGUAGCUCAGAUGGAGGUUUGUCAGAACGAUGCAACUCCUCCUCUGCACUCAACGAUAAAGUCAGGGGUGAGCUUCUAAGACGAGGGUCUGAAGAAAUGUUGGAAGACCUUCAUGAGAUCGUUGCUGCUAGCAUAGGUGAUGAUAAUAGGAGUUUCAACGCAAUUACUUGUAAGACGCGAUUCGGUCCGAAGGUUGAACAAUCAUUUAUUCCAACUUCUUCAUCCAAUGGAAGUGUUCUAGGUCCAGCCUCGUCAGCUGGAAGUCUGACUCCCCGCUCUCCACUUACCACACCGCGGAUAAGCCAGAUUGACUUAUUACUUUCAGAUCGAAACAAUUUCAGCGAGGUUGAUGAUACUUUACAGCUAAACGAGCUUGCUGAUAUAGCCAGAUGUAUAGCUGGUGCUCAGCCGAAAGAAGGCGGUGCUGAUAACGGCGCUGAGUAUAUAGUGUCAUGUUUGCAUGACUUGCAAGACGUUCUGCGCUGUAACAAGGUCGAGGCACUAGCUGUCGCUACUUUUGGAAAGCGAAUAGAGAAGCUUUGCAUGGAGAAGUACCAUAAAUUCCUUGAAAUCCUUGACCCGAAUGCUGUAGAGGCUGCAAGCAGUGCUGGAGAAGAGGAGAUUCUCGAAGAUGAUACAUUCCAUAGUUUUAAGUCUACUCCCGUUCACCUAUCGUAUAAGGAUCGCACCACAAUAGAUGAUUUUGAGAUCAUUAAACCUAUAAGCAGAGGUGCAUUUGGGCGGGUGUUUUUAGCCAGGAAAUGCACAACUGGAGAUCUAUUUGCUAUCAAGGUUCUAAGGAAGGCAGACAUGAUUCGUAAGAAUGCUGUUGAGAGUGUAAAAGCUGAGCGUAAUAUCCUUAUUUCUGCUCGAAAUCCCUUCGUGGUUCGAUUCUUUUAUUCGUUCACAUGUCGGGAUAACCUUUACCUGGUAAUGGAAUAUCUGAAUGGUGGCGACAUGUACUCCAUGUUGCGAAAUCUUGGAUAUUUGGAGGAAAGUUUGGCUCGUGUGUAUGUAGCAGAACUGGUGUUAGCAUUGGAAUGUCUGCACUCCUUAGGUGUUGUACACCGAGAUCUCAAACCAGACAACAUUUUGAUUGCUCAUGACGGCCACAUCAAGCUCACAGAUUUUGGUCUUUCGAGAGUAGGCCUUAUCAACAGUACAGAUGAUUUAUCAGGUCCUGCUACAGCUGGGACUAUGCUUAUGGAGGAAUCUGUGAAAAACCAGAGUCUUUCUCCUAAGCAUGUGCAUCAAAGAAAGAUACGACAACAGCGUUCGGCUGUGGGAACCCCUGAUUACUUAGCUCCAGAAAUUUUACUCGGGACUUCCCAUGGUCCUGCUGCUGACUGGUGGUCCACAGGGGUUAUUCUUUUUGAGUUUCUAACAGGCAUUCCUCCAUUUAACGCGGAAUAUCCUCAGAUCAUCUUUGACAACAUCUUGAACCGACAUAUUCCUUGGCCUGCAGUUCCAGAAUACAUGUCCCAUGAGGCCCAAGAUUUGAUCGACAAACUCUUGACCGAGGAUCCUAAUGAACGUCUUGGUGCCAAGGGUGCUGCAGAGGUGAAGGCUCAUCCUUUCUUCAAGGAUAUCAACUGGGACACACUUGCCAGGCAAAAAGCUGCAUUUAUUCCAAGUCCCGACGGAGCGCAUGACACCAGUUACUUCGCAUCUCGGUAUGCUUGGAAUUCUAAUGAGGGCAAUUUUGAACCUGAUCCUCACUUUGACGAAAGUGAUGAUGAAAGCACUAGCAGUGGCAGCACAAGUGAUUCUGAUGAUAGGCCCGAAGAAGCGGUUACGCGCAAGCCAAUGAAAGACCCAAAUAACGCUGCGGUACCCAAAAGCCAUAAAUUUGUGAGGGAUGAGUGCGGAGACAUGGCUGAGUUUGAAAGUUCAUCCUCCUGUAAAUAUACCUUCAGCAACUUCUCUUUCAAGAAUCUAUCCCAACUGGCAUCUAUUAACUACGAUCUUCUCCAACAAUCCGAACGACGGGACUCACCAAAAGGUUCCAGAUGAUGUAAAAAAUCCAAAAAGAACCACUAACAAAAUUUGAGGCUUGACUUUUUGCGCUGGGGGCUCCCAGAAGGUGAUCCACCUUCGGUUCCAGAGAGCUAUGACAGUCAGAGAUAUGAUUCUCUGUACAUUUACGGCUCCGGUACCUUUCCUGUACCAUGUCAUCGUGUACCAUACUUGUACCAUGUGUCCACUUGAAUUUGCCUUUGCAAGUUCUGCAAUUUUGCUCUGUAGUAAAGCCCCAUCAAAUUCUGCGAGAAGUUGCACCUUGGAACAGUUUUGCUUGGGAAGAGACUGAUGUAUACCACGAGAGAAGGAUCCAGCUGUAGCUUAUCUGAGUCGAUUGACACGGCACUUAACAGAGACGACCAACAACUGUAUACGUA